GUGUCUUUGCUUCCGGUUCCGGUCUGAGGCUUAGGGAGGGAAGGGGAGAUGCUGCAGGCGUUGAGGAGGCCGGUUGGCUCCACAUUCCCAAGACUCAAAAUUGCCGUGCGCACCAUGACUGGAGUGCCCACAGUCUCGCUCCCUGAACUCCGUUCACUCCUAGCCUCGGGCCGGGCCCGGCUCAUCGACGUGCGAUCUCGGGAGGAGGCGGCUGCUGGGACCAUCCCGGGUGCGCUCAACAUCCCUGUGUCUGAGCUGGAAAGUGCCCUGCGGAUGGAUCCAGCUACUUUCCAGGCUUUGUUCUCAGAGGAGAAACCCAGGCUGGAAGAUGAGAAUCUUGUUUUCUUCUGCCAGAUGGGCAAGCGGGGCUUCCAGGCCACACAGCUGGCGCGAGCUCUCGGAUACACAGGGGCUCGGAACUACUCAGGGGCCUAUAAAGAAUGGUCUGAGAAAGACCAUUAGGUAGAAGGUGACCAGCUGAUUGUCCCUGUCUCCCAUAGCAGCCUUAACUACGGAUGAUGAAAGGGCUGACAUGCCGGGUUGGGAAGUUCCUUAUAGUGUCUUGCACAUAAGAGUAUCAAAUAAAGCACAUUUAAUUAAAA